CGACCUUCUCCAUCACUUUGUAGCUAGUUAGUCCUUGUUUUCAUCGUCCACUGCUUUUUUGAUUAUUUUCCAAUACACCCUCAGGCUACAUGCGACUAUUCCACCCUCUCAGUGUUUUUGUCUUUGUCAUCUUAUCAUCCUUCGUCAAUGCCAGCGUGACAGUAUACCACCAAGUCCCAUUAGCGGAUUCAACGACCACCGCAUCUUCCGCAAAUUAUACCGGCGCUGCAGCUUAUGAUCCUACUGUACUAACACCCCCGCCUGUCCCUACGGGGCUCACAACACAAUUCGGAAUCCAGCUCUCCAGUUCUUCGGCAGCUGUGCAGGGUCUGAGUAUACCCCAUAAAGGGUCUUUCAUGGGAUUUUCUAUCGAAUUCACUGUCAUCAACCAAAUUUUCGGUAUAAAUGCCACAUACUUGCAGGUUCCCUUUUUAAACCUCAUGGCCAUCCUUCGCGAACGGGCAGGCGAGGUGCUCAUUCGAGUCGGAGGCAAUACUCAAGAGACUGCAGUCCUCGUGGAUAGUCUUCCUGGAGGUGUGAUGAUGACAAAAGAACGUGGCACUACGGGUGAUGUGACUGCCACCCCAACGCUUCUUUACACAGCCGAAGUUUUUUACACGAUGGCGAACAUCUCGGCUCUUGUAAAUACAAAAUGGUUCCUCGGCAUACCGUUUAACGACACGAAUAACCUCCGACUUGGCAUCGCGGAAGUCGGCGAAGCUGUGUUGAGUGGUCCUGGAUAUCUGCUCGGGUUCCAAGUUGGAAACGAGCCCGAUCUUUAUGCAGCACACGAUGUCCGACCUUCCACAUACUCACCCUCUGACUACUUCGGCGAGUUUGGAUUAGUAGUUAACGCCAUCAACAGCGAUAAUAAUAUCCCUGUUAAAAACAACUUGGUUGCUCCAUCUAUUACAGGCGAAUGGACUCCAGAAUCUGUGUGGGACACCGGACUCGUUGGAUCCUAUUCUUCAAGUUUGGGAGCAUUAGCAGUUGAACAUUACCCAAGCGAUAACUGUUACGCUUUGUACGGCAUCGGUUCUCCUGUCAUCCCACAAGACGUAUUUCAAAACUUCCUUACCCAUGCCUCUGGCAUCAAUAUCGUCGCCCCUUAUCUUAAUUCCACCAGCUACGCGCAAUCGGUUGGAAAGCCCUUCAUUAUGAUGGAGACAAACACAGCAUCAUGUGGUGGCUUGCCAGGGAUUAGUGAUACCUUUGGCGCCACUCUAUGGGCACUCGAUUAUGGCCUCCAGAUGGCUUAUAGCAACUUUUCAGGUGCAAUGAUGCACGUUGGUGGUCAAGAUGUGUACUACAAUCCUUUCACUCCACCUCCUACGAACCAGUCAUUAUUCCACCAAUGGACGAUUGGCUCUAUAUUCUACAGCACAAUGGUCGUCGCAGAAGCAUUCGGACCCUCUGGCAACGCACAAAUCAUUGAUCUGCAGGCCAACACCAACAGCACGUAUACCCCUGGCUACGCAAUCUACGAGAAUGGUGCUCCCGUGCGUCUCGUACUACUCAAUUACGUAUCGGAUCCAAGCGGUGCGAGCGCUUACACAGCAACGAUUUCCAUCGGCGGCUCGGCGAUUGGGCAAGACAACGCUACGCCUGCACAAAUACAAGUCAAAUAUCUAGUGGCACCUUCCGUGUCGGAGAAGUCCAACAUUACGUGGGCAGGCCAGACCUUUGGCGGGACCUUCCAGUCUGAUGGUCGCCUAACGGGCACAGAGAGCGUGCAGACGAUUAACUGCGACCAGUCAUCCAAUACUUGUCAAGUGACUGUCCCCGCCCCUGGCGCCGCACUCAUCUUCCUCUCCUCCUCCGCAUAUGCAGAGUCAGGCAACCCCUCCACCCAAACAUUCUCCACCACGAUGGUCACGAAGACAGCAGCGACGGUGGACCCGAGUGUGCUGGCCACCUCGAACGGGAUGUCGGGAGACACAUGGAAGCUUGGAAGCACGAGUAAGGGGAGCAUUGGUGCUGGCCUGAGAACUUCACUUCCAAUUGUUUCUGUUGUCGGUGCAGCUUUGCUGAGUACCGGCAUGCUAUGCACGUGGUUCUGGUCAUGAUAUUCAUGCUGACGAGUCAAAAUUCUUGGUGGAACUACCACCACCGUAAAUGUCUGUCACGAUGUUCACGAUGCGGUCAAAAUUCUUGGGACUGUAUAUUACAUACUGCAAUUACGAUGAGGACGCUUUUAUUUAGUUGUCGUUUUACCACAGAACGGUGUAGGAAAUAUGUAGGCUUGGACAUUGAACCAUAGAACAUUAAUAUUAAAAAGUUGUGACGA